AUGCAGGAUAUGACACCCGUUCAGACAUGAUGAAGGAGACUUGACCGAUGCGAAAGAUUCAUCAUACAACAUACAUACGCAAUAUAUGGUUAUGAAGUUUGUUUCUCUCUCUCUCUCUUGCGUUCUGUCUUUUGCUACAAUUGCGCCAUCAGAGAUGCCCGCCCGCCUCCGCUCCUCUGCCCAUCACUGACUGACGUUAUUGCAGACGCUUCCUGGAAUGAACAGCAGAAUCAUCAUUCCGUUCCCAGACAGAUCCAAGUGGACUCCGAGGAAACUGUAGGCUAGAGCUCGGCUUCGUCAUGGCCAGAUCCGCGAACAGAAGCGGUAAGGACGGAGACUCAAGGGUAUCUGCUCCCGCGGAGAGAGGUGAGAUCAGGGAACUGUCCCUGGAGGAGGUGCUGAAGUCUUACGAGCAGCCCAUCAAUGAGGAGCAGGCUUGGGCAGUGUGUUUUCAGUGCUGCAGAGAGCUGAGAGCGCCGCGCCCGCACACGCAGCCUGGUGAAGAGUUUCUGAUCCGAGAUCCGUCAUCAAUAAUCCUGCACAGGGACGGGAGAGUCACGGCACAUCUGGACAGCAGCGAUGACUGUACUACAAACCAUAUUUCUGCUGCUGAUGGAAAGCUGGUUCAGUCCAUGGGUGUGACGAUCUACCGUGCUUUGGACUGGGGCCUGAAUGACAGCGAGGAGCGGGAACUGAGCCCUCAGCUUGAGCAGCUCAUUGAGUUUAUGGUCAGUGGUCAGGACAGCAGCGAAAGCAAACACUGCGGCAGUAAUGCAGCUAACGACGAAGGCUACAGUGGCCAAGAUGAGGAUGAAGAAGAGGAGGAAGAAGGCACAGUGCAUGACAUUCAUACUAUUCAUCAGGUGAUGGCACUUUGUGCCCGCAGACUGGCAAAUCCAGCACUGGCUCCCGAGCACUACCAGGCCGUGUGUCGAGCGCUUUUUCUGGAGACCCUUGAGCUGCGGACCUUCCUCAGCAGGAUAAGAGACGCCAAAGAGAUGCUGAAGAAGAUCAGGAAGGAGGAACCGCAGGAGGACAAUUCCACCACUGAGCUUGACGCUCUUCAACACACUGACUGGGCUCGUCUGUGGGUGCAGCUGAUGAAGGAGUUGAGGCAGGGCGUGAAGCUCAAGAAGGUGGAGGAGCAGCCCUUUAACCCUCUGCCCACAGAGUUCAGCCUCACGCCCUUUGAGAUGCUCAUGCAAGACAUUCGCUCACGCAAAUAUAAACUACGCAAAGUUGUGGUAGAUGGAAAUAUUCCCACGUGUGUGAAACGAAACGCUCAUGAGCUGAUCUUGGACUUUAUCAGAUCAAGACCCCCUCUUAAACCAGUGUCUGAACGCAGCCUGCCUCCUCCUCCCCAGCGGCAGCAGUCGCUCCAUGAUCGAGUCCUGGCUGAGAUCAGACAAGAUCACAAACUCAAACCUGUGGAGCCGUCCAGUUCAAAGAGAUCAUUUGGCUCAUUACCCUGUCUGGCACACACCUGCCAAUGUGACAUCAAAUCAACUUCCUGCAUUGACCUGUCAAUCACAGGAGCAGGGUCCCGCCCACCGUCUCGCAUACGUGUUCUUCUAAAAGCUCCAACACUGGCAGAAAUGGAGGAGAUGAAUAUAUUUGAGGAUGAGGACUCUCCAGACGGCAUGGAUAUCAGGUGGGUGGAGAGCUCUCCUACACCUCUGAAGAGAGAUCGCUCCUUCUCUGAACACGACUUGGAUGAGCUCAGAGGGGAAGUGAUGUCAUCCCUCUCAGAAUCACCUCAGCACACAGGUGUCGGUCCCCUGAGAGGAGAGAGACCUCGAUCACACACGCUGACAGGCGUUGGACCACCCCACAUCUAUCAAGCCUCGUUUCCUGUGUUUGACAGGAAGCCCCCGUCCACCUGUCAUUCUCAGAGCUCCGAUGACAAAUGCAGUGAUGGUGCUGCAGCAUCUGGCGGACUUUGCAGACAUCAGUGGAUGGAGGAAUUCAGUCAUCCAGUGGACAGUCUGGCCUUAACAGUGGAUGAAGUCAUCAACGUGCGCCGGAUACUCAUCAAGGCUGAGAUGGAGAAAUACAUGCAGAACAAAGAGCUUUAUAAUAAUCUGAAGAAAGGCAAGAUAUGCUGCUGUUGUCGGGUGAAGUUUCCACUGUUUUCAUGGCCAUCCACGUGCCUUCUGUGUAAAAGGUCUGUUUGUAGCUCUUGUAGUGCAAAGAUGAAAAUUCCUUACAAAAAGAUGGCACACAUUCCAGUGUACACUGUGGGAUUUCACAGCAGUGCGAAGAGUCACAAGAGUGAAGUCUAUAAGUCUUUGUGCUCUCUCUCCAGACACUCUGUGGAGGAAGAGUUUCCCCACCUGUACGCCGCAGGCUGCAACCUGAGAGAUGUGUGCUCUGACUGCACAAAGUUUGUGGCUGAUGUCAUUUCCUCCAGUCGCAGGAGUUUGGACAUCAUCAACAACACACCAAAACGGAAUAAAAGGACAACCUCGACAUAUCCACAUGCCACAUCACAACCACACGCUUUCAGUAGGAGCAGUAAAUGAAUGCAUCAACUCCACCUCACACAUCCUCGACACAUACUCUACACAAACUCUAUAGAAACUCUACAAGCAUCCAGCUGGAAUAUUUGCCAGUGUUAGAUGACAGAGAUGUGAAUCACAUGUGAAUCAUAUCUGCCUUAUCACCCUUUCCUGCACAAUGUACAUCUAAUCACAACGUGUAUAGAUUAAGGGAUGCAAUGCUUGAAGGCUAAUGAAGAAAGACAAUCCUUUUGCAUCUUUUCUUGAUUUUAGCUUGAAUAUAAUGGUAUAUAACUGAGCCAGGACUGUCCAUGCUUAGGAGACAUCCUUAUAAAGUACAUCUGUAAAUGCAUAUUUCUCGUAUCUAAUAGCAAAUGCAUUUUUAUGCUUUGGGAUUGGCUCUAUUUAGCACCAGAGAGGGAUGUAAUUACCUUGGGACUGAGUCAGGCUGUUUUGUGAUAGUAAAGGUCAGAAUGAAGCUGAUAAUUGUAUCUUAUUCUCAGUAGACUAAUGAAGUGGCCUUCUGAUCCACAUGUUUAACUCACUCUUAUUUUGUAAGGUCUGCAAUAAAACCAA